ACACUCAAGCUAUUUUAAGAUCAUAUCAUUGUACUCAACACAAACACAACACAAGGCAUUGAGAGAGUUAGCAUAGCAAUUAGCAACAUUUCUUAGCAUGCAACACAAUCAUUCAAAGGUUUAAAACUAAUUCAAACAAGACAAGCAAAGGCAACAACAUAUGAAUCUCUUAUAGUAAUUGAACAUUUCUUAUCCUAUUGUUCAAUGCCCAUGGCAUGACCAAUUUUCUCUCCGACGAGUGCUCCUCCUUCUCUCAGCUUCUUGCUGAUGGUGAUGGUGAUGGGUUCCACAAACUCAACCAGAGAAGACUCAUUGAUUUGGUGGUUGCUUCUUCCCCACACCCUUCCUCCUUCCUCAGCUCGCCCCAGUAUUGUAAGAGGAUGAAAGUGCAGGAUCAUGCAUGGCAUUACAACAUAUGCCAUACAAUAUGAUCUUUUCGCCUUGAUGACAACGAAUAUACAAUACAAAUGUGAAGUUCUUAUUAUAUCUUCAUGCAAAUAUAUGUACAGAGUCCCUUCGGAAUAUCCCACCAACAGGCUUUAUUAGCACAUGUAACAGUGCAAGCUGUCAUAGCACAAUUAAAUAUGCAAAUGCCAGCCAAUUAUCAUAAGCCCACAAUAGUAACAACUUCCAAUGAUGAACCAUUGACACAACAUUCAUCUUUUACUCUGAAUGAUGCCAAUUCAAAGCAGAAAGUGGCACCAUCAGAGAAUAUAUCUCAUGCUAAUAAGAAAUAUCAAAUGCUUUCUUCCCUAGCUACUGAUAAACCUUCAAAUGAUGGCUACAAUUGGCGAAAGUACGGGCAAAAACAAGUUAAGGGUAGUGAAUUUCCAAGGAGCUACUACAAAUGCACACAUGUGAAUUGUUAUGUGAAGAAAAAGGUUGAGCGUGCCUCUGAUGGUCACAUCAUUGAAAUCAUCUAUAAAGGGCAACAUAACCAUGCAAAGCCUCAUGCACAUAGGCGCGUAAAAGUUAACUCAAAUGAAAAUACAUGCAUCCAUCAUGCCAAGUCUGAGUCAAAGUUAAACACACAUCAAGCUUUUUGGGUUGGAAAUUCAAACAAGUUAGGUGGUGAAGAGUUGGGUGAUUGUUUUGUUCUUGAGAGUGAUCAGAAUCAGGACUUCAAUCAAAGGGCUCCUAGUGACAAUGAGGACAUGGGUGAUGUAGACAUUAGGGAAGAAGGAGAUUACAGUGAACCAAAUCCUAAGAGAAGGAACACUGAUAUUGGGGUUUCUAAAGCUCCUGUGCCUCACAAGACUAUCACAGAACCCAAAAUCAUUGUGCAAACAAGAAGUGAAGUUGAUAUUUUGGAUGAUGGGUACAGGUGGCGCAAGUAUGGGCAGAAAAUGGUAAAGGGUAAUCCUCAUCCAAGGAGUUAUUACAAAUGCACAAGUGCAGGAUGCAAUGUGCGAAAGCAUGUUGAGAGAGCUUCAAUGGAUCCCAAAGCGGUGAUAACUACCUAUGAAGGAAAGCAUAAUCAUGAUGUGCCUGCUGCUAGAAACGUACAGCAGCCACAAUAUUAAUAUUGCCGCUAGCAAUUCAAUGCCUUUAAAGCCACAUAAAGUAGUGCCCUUAAAAAUCCUUUGCUUAAAGAUAUGGAUUUUGGAAAUAAUGACCAAAGAUUGGCAUAUUUGCGCUUAAAAGAAGAGCAAAUCAUAGUAUAAAUCAUAGUUAUCAUAAUACAUGGUUGCUCACUUUUUACAUUAGUACCACAAGACUUUUCUUUAUGGUAAAUUUGGUAUGUGGUAUGUGGUGGCAAGCAAUAUUAGUUAUCAAAAUUUCUAUUCAGUACAUGUGUAUUGUUUUGUAGCCUUUCUGUAUGUAACUUUCUUUUGCCAAUGUAAAUUUUUAAAUUGUUUGUGUAAGUUGUUAACAGGUGUGAAGAUCAUUUUAAUUUUUUAACUAAACUAUGAAUUUAGUUAUAGUUAUAAUUUACUAGCUACCAAAUUGUUU